AUGAGUUAUAUGUUUGAACUGUAUGACAUUGUUGUUGGUGCAAAAAAAAGGUCAAACACAACAACCAAUAUUAAUGGAGACCAAGAAGAUUCUUCAGCAGGAGGUGAAACUCAACAACAACAACAACAAACAAAUGAAGAACUUACAGACCAACAAAACAAGAGAAAAUCAACCAGAAAAGUUGCACCUCUAAACUUGGCUCCAUUAUCUUCAACUUCAAAAAGUUCACCUUCCAGUAGAAAUCCAUCUCCAAGAAGUGGAGUAUCACCAAGAAAUAGGGUAUCUCCAAGAAGUGAAAUAUCUCCAAGACCAACAGAAAAUAUCACAAUUUAUAAUAAUAAUAAUAAUAAUAAUAAUAAUAAUAAUAAUAAUAAUAAUAAUAAUAAUAAUAAUAAUAAUGACGAUUAUAAUAGUAAUAAUCAAAAUAAUAAUAAUAUAAAUAAUAAUAGUGAUGAUGAUUUGGAACCAAAAUCUAUUAUGAUUACAGUUCCAGAUACUAUUGAAAAUGUUGGUUUAGAAUCUUCAACUACGGAAAUACUUGGCAAUACAACCUCUACUACAAUUGUAAAAAAAGUUGAAUUUCAAGAACUAAGAGACUCUGGAACAUCUUCAACAUCAUCUGAAUCAGCGGAUUUGGAGGAUGGAGCAGAUAUUAAUUCAAACAAAGUUGGAAGAGAAAAGGAUGAAGAGAAGAGAUUGGAUCGUUCAGUAGAGAGACAAUUGGUAGAAGAUCAAGUACUUCAAGGAAAGAUAUUUAUCAAACCAAAAAAUAUCUUUAGAUUAGAGUAUUUAUUAGAGGCACUCAAAUAUCAUGCAGAAUUGUUUUUGGUUGCCAUGUUGGUGGUCAUUACUUGUUGUCUCUAUGUAUUGUUUUAUGUUGCUAUUGGUAAUAGAGGUAUAUUCUCAAAUCAAUGGAUAACAUGGGAAAAGGUAUUAUGGUUUAUUAGUGGUAUCGUAACAGAGCAAUUUUUAGUUAGUAUUGGAUAUGUAGUUAGUAGAGUACAAUUUGGACACAAGAAAACAAAAGUGGCGAUACCAUUCCAAGUAGCCAUUCACAUUUUAUCGUUUGUUUCAACUGCUUUGAUUCGAUACUAUGAUAUUACUGGGACAUUGAAUCUUUUACCAAAGUAUUUACUUUCACUUGGAGGAAUGGUGGUUGUUUCCUAUGUCAUUGGUGCCUAUUCACUCAAAACUAAAAUGUAUUGCUUUUGGUUUACUUUUCCAUUCAUCAUCCUUGGUAUCUUUCUCAUCAUGUACGAUUAUCUCCUUUUGAAAUGGUAUUUGGCAUCUUCAACAUCUGAUAACUCACGUCUCUUGGUUAGAAUUAUCGUUCAUCCAUUUGUAACUGCCGUUUGUUUAUUGGUUUCAAGAAUUUGUGCAAGUCAAUUACAUAAAUUAGGUCCAAGAUCAAGUAUUGCUUUUAUUAUGAUAUUCUUUGGUUCAACAAUGAAUUCAUACUCUGGUGUUAUUAUUUCAUCUGUAAUCAUUUCAUUGGUAGAUAUGGUUUGGAAAUGUUCAUUGAGAGCAAGAGACGCUGUCAUUGUCAGAGUAUUUUGUAGAUUCUCAACCAAUGCCAAAUUUUAUAUUGCACAUAAUCUUCCAUUGUACGCCGAAUAUCAAUCAUAUGAACUUAUUUAUGAAGUUGCUUGUAUGUAUAAUAAUAAUAAUAAUAAUAAUAAUGACGAUUAUAAUACAUCAUUUAUUGCAACGUUUUUAAUUUGUUCAUUCUUUUUCGUAUUUGAAAGAAGUCAAUUAGAUAUUACCUUUCAAUUGGCCAUCAUGUUUAUUCAAUUCUUUGCAUCAUUGCUCACCGAGUUUGUGGUAACCUAUGUUUCAUUGUCCUACCUCAAACUACCGAUCAUCAUUCCAUGGAACAAGAGACCAAAUGGUUUCCUAUUCCUUUGUAUUUAUAGUUUUAUAGUCGGACUCGCUUAUAUGAUGAUCCGUUUCUUAAAUAUCUUGGGUGGUCGUUGGGUAUUAUAA